CUUUUACGUGAUUUUACGAGGUUAGGAAUUGGAGAAGAAGCGGAAAAGUGACAUAACAAUAACCUUAAAAUAUUUAUGGAAUAUUUCAAUUUAAAGAGAAUUUAAAAAAAUAAUGAGGCAUCCGAGUUUCAUAGCAAGAACGGUUUUUGUUCAUAACAAUGAUGUGGAAAGUGCUUGCAGAAUUUUGAACAGAAUAUUGGGAAGAGAAGAUAUUUUAGAUCAGUUUCGACGAACGCGGUACUAUGAAAAACCUUUUCAGUUCAGAAGACGGAUCAAUUUUGAAAAAUGCAAAUCCAUUUACAAUGAAGAUAUGGACAGAAAAAUUCAGUUUGUCCUAAGAAAGAACAGAACAGAUCCAUUCCCUGGGUGUUUUUAGUUAAAUAGUUGUCUGUAAUGAUACAUUUUCAUCAAAGUGAACUAUAAUAUACGAAUAUAUUAAUCAAAAGUAACUAUUUCAUUUCGAAGUCAUAUCAGUGCAUUAAUAAAUCAGUCGAUGACAGAUAUUACAUUGUA